GGUCACGUGUCCGGCCCUUGGACACAGACCCAGCUCCUUCCAUCUGCGGCCGCUCCUUCCCCCACGCUCUGGCGAGCUGGGCUGUGCGAGGAGGGAACCCAGCGUCUCGUCCCAGCCCCCCUUGGCACACGCACCCCAGCUUCAGGCACCCGAGCUGGGGGAAGCUCUGUCGGGGUUCAGCAUGAAAAGGGCUCAGAGUGCGGGGGAACGGGCGCUGCUCGGCUCAGCCAGGGUUUCCUCGGUUUCACUCAAAGGCUGAGGAAUGUCUGACACUAACGAUAUCCAGAUGUGCCUACUUGGCAGCCCGCUGCCGGGACAUUACCGAGGGGACGCAGGAUCAGCGCUAUCGAAUGGGAUUUCAAAUACUUCAUGAAAACUUCACCGGCGGGGGUGAAAGCUACACGGAGACAACCGCAGCAGCUGUUUGUGAGCUGUUGUCUAACGUGUGACUGGCAUCGCGAUGGUGAGGCUGACAGCGCCGACAGGAGAGACUGUAAUAAAACGGGACUAGCCAGCUGGGAAGCUGAUGAAGCCACAUAUUUUAGGACUGGGGCAAGCAGUAAGUAAGGCGCCCUGUCCUGUAACAGCAUGGCUCUCAUCCACUCGUUUGCGCUGGCCUGAAAAUCAGCUCCGACAGGAAAGCUGGAAACGGUCUUUGGAGCGGGGGCUGCGUUUUUGUUACCUGCUUGUGCAGUGUUUCAAACAACCGAGAUUUUGCCUCCAGGUGCUGCAACGCAAGUAACGGCAGUGGUGACGCUGUGUCGGUGACACUGCGCACGGGGACAGAGCACUGCUGUGACGGUGGCACUGGCCGCCAGCAUCCAAGCAGAGCCACGGUGUGCAGCUGAGCACCGAUGGCCUCUGCUCCCUGCACUGCAUUCCUUCGGCUCUGGUUCAUGAUCCCAACUCCUGGGAGUGGUCUCUUAAGACAUUCAGCUAAUUAAAUCCUACAGCUUAUUCUCUGUUUACAGAGAUCAAAACUUCUAAGCAGCUAAAUGAGAUGGGCUAUUUUUUUCUGUUGAAGAACUGAUCGAAUGAGACACAAGAUCUUUGGGAAAAGCGCAAGGAAUCAAAUCUUGUAUUUCAAGAGGCACUUUCAUCUCUCACGAAUGAAUAAAACAUUCGUAACACCAGGCUCUGCCUUGCUUCUGCAUACUGGGAUUUAUUUGCCCACCUUGUGCUUACUGAUGGACAUUGGUGCCAGGCAGCUCCAACACAGCUUUUAACAGUCCCAGAAGCACCGCGGAGACAAUGAGAGUUCGUCUCAAGGGGGAUGCGAUCUGUACCCUCAUCCUGUUGGUAGCGCUCUGCUCUCUACUCUACUCCCAGCUGGAACAUCUAGUCCCAGUAGGAAACAAGGAGCCAACACAGAAGAAGCCUUCAAUAACACCAAAAAUAUCCCCUGACCCCAGAGCACCUUGGAGACUGAUGCCAGCAGAGGCAACGGUACCCAGACCGCGAGUCACUCCUAUUGUUAGACGAACAGAAGUGGCCAACAACAGGGUCCAAACUACAGCUCCACCCCCACUGACUGAUUCUGCCUUCAACUUCAAGCGCUACCUCCUAAACAAGGACAACAGGAACUUCAAUCUCCUCAUUAACCAGCCCAAGAAAUGCAGGAAAACACCUGGAGGUCCCUUUCUGCUCAUUGCGAUCAAAUCAGUAGUUGAAGACUUUGACAGACGUGAGAUUGUCCGGAAAACUUGGGGCAGGGAGGGUUUGGUGAACGGGGAGCAGAUCCAGCGAGUGUUCCUCCUUGGAACACCAAAGAAUAGGACAGCGCUGGCAACAUGGGAGACCCUGAUCCAUCAGGAGAGCCAGGUAUACCGGGAUAUUUUACUCUGGGACUUCAUGGACACUUUCUUCAACCUGACCCUGAAGGAGAUCCACUUCCUGAACUGGGCUGCUGAAUUCUGCCACAAUGUGAAAUUUAUUUUUAAAGGUGACGCUGAUGUUUUUGUCAAUGUCGAGAACAUCGUUGACUUCCUUGAGAGACAUGACCCCGCUGAGGACCUCUUUGUUGGGGACAUCAUCUACAACGCCCGCCCUAUCCGUGUCCGAAAGAGCAAAUACUACAUCCCAGAGACCAUGUACGGGCUCAGCAUCUACCCAGCUUACGCAGGGGGAGGAGGGUUUUUGCUGUCCAGCCGCACCAUGAGGAAGCUCUCCAGGGCUUGCAGAGAGGUAGAACUCUUCCCCAUUGACGACGUCUUUUUGGGCAUGUGCUUACAGAGAAUCAACCUCAAACCCAUUUUGCAUGAAGGAUUCAAGACCUUUGGCAUUGUCAGGCCAUCCGCUGCCCCACACCUACAGACAUUUGACCCCUGUUUUUACAAAGAUCUCAUGGUGGUUCACAGUCUGAAAGUUGCUGAGAUCUGGCUAAUGUGGAACCUGCUCCACAGCCCCCAUCUUUCCUGUACUCAGAAGAAGCAAGUGAAGAAGCCUUUCCAAUGGAAGAGGAAAGCUCAGACAACACAGGCAUCACCCCUCAGAUAAUGCAGGCAGACUGCAGCAGAACCACAGAGCAAAACAGCUGAGAAAGGGAACCCGGAACUGUCACAACCAAUUAAACUGACUGUAGAAGCAGAAUAUUUUAGCACAGCUUAUUUACAUUUUCAAGAGAAGACGAAAAACGAUUGCUGGAAUUUGCCAAAAUUCCACGUUUGCACACAUGUAUCAUGUAGGUCCUGCUCCAUUACUGAGUCCAAAUAAUCAUCCUGUAUCUUUAAUUUAUUAUUAUUUAUUAGUGUUGUAGUAGUGCUUAGUGGGCCAAUGUGCAAAAAGCACAUUGCAAACUGCAGUCUUUGGAGAUUUUUCAGCAUUGUUAGAAAUCUGAGAAACGAAAAAAGAGCACAGGGAUCAUUGUCAACUUGUUACCUUGACUUGGACUCAUUGAGAAACGACCAAACUACACCGUAACCAGAGUAAAGGAAAUCAAGUCACCUUAGCGUAUGCUCAUAUCAAAUCCCUGCUGCCUGGUUGGCUUUCUGAAGGCUUCAUAAGAAGAGAAGAACAAAAUAUAGCUAUCGAAAUAGGGUCGUAUAUGAUCCUCGAUGAUCUUGAGCGUCUCUUCCAAACAAAAUGGUUUUAUGAUUCUGUGUUGCAGAUAGGGUGGACUAGAAGAAAACAAACUGGAGGCUGAGGCUGGUGUGGCCGGUUGGGCAAAGGACAAGCAGGUAGAUAACUGGGAAGGGGUGGACUUCCAAAGUGCCUUUAAAGAAAGGACAAGAAGAACUUUGAGUUGAUCCCUCCUAGUAUUGAUGUUUCAUUAUUAGUAGCAACUCCUCAGUUCAAAUAUCUGCUUCAUUGACAGACUCAGGGGAGCAGUUUUUGGCACUUCCAUGAGCUCAGGCUGUCUAUGCCAACUGACGCUCAGUGAAAACUCAAAGUCAUCCAACAGUAUCUGAUCUCUCUGACCACCCAGUCCAGAUCUUCAGAAGGUUUGCAUCUGGAGAGACCCUUUGGCCUUUGGUUGUGCAGGUAAAACCACACGGACCUGCUGCUUGUGUCACAUUUGGGAGCUUCUUCAAACCAAAGGAGAACUUGUCAACGGACCAGGCUGGUUUCUACAGACCCCGGUGCUCUCGCCUGGCACACAGGCAACUGCAAAGAGCAGCCAAGAACUUCCAUACUGCCGCAGGCGUCACGUAAAGGGAGAAAGUGAUCUUCAGACAGAAGAGCUUCGGAACAAAAACCUUUCCAAAUUUAUUGCAAGAAAGCAAAAACACACAGCAGUCUUUCGGUUGAGUUUUCCAAGUUUCGGUCCGUCUGUAACUUUGUAAGUAAUUUAAGCAUCGGACAAGAACAUUGGAUGGCUUAGUUUUUCAAAGAACAAUCAAUACUUUGGAACAUUUUGGGAUUUUUUUCCAGCAGCAGAUUGCCUUAAAAGAACAUCCUUUCCUUGGACAAGUAAAUUCCUCUAAAUCGAGGUCAAAAAGCUAUGAAAUUCAUGGGGCAAAGAGCCUGAAUUCACCUCUGGUACUGUGUUUAUUAAUCCUUUUGCAAUUUUUUACCCCUCAACAAAACUCCUGUCCAUCGCAGAACCCCCAACACCACCACUCUUCGGGAAGGCACAUACACACAACUUCAAAGGAAACAACAGUAAAUGUGCAGGAAGCUGCUUUCCUUUGAACAGAGCCUGCAGCGCAGCUGCAUUUUGUAUCUGGGUCCAGCCUUCCUCCCACCCAGCAAUAAUCCAGGCUCAGUGCUCAGAUUAACUACACACAACAUGAAGGAAGGCAAGCUGGUAAUGUGCGUUGGUAGACUAUUAGCAAGUCAUACAAGUUAUCUUCAUCAUAAGCAUUUAAGCCUCACAGUAAUGUGUUUCCAAGGAAAGGUCAACUAUACAGAAAUCAAAAGACCAUGUGUUGAUCUGGGAUAUUUCCAGGAUGCAAUCCUGAAAUACAAAAUGCUCAUGCGAGCUUUACCAGGAGCUCUGUGGGGUGUGGAAAUGAGCCAGAGCCUUGCUGGUGGAAGAAAGCCCGUCAUGCCCCUGUUUACUAACGUGUGGUACCUACGUAUUUAUGAGCUUGUACAGAAAUGUAUUACCUGUGAUUAGUUUACAGUUUGGGAAAUUAUUUAUACCACAAUUAAAAGACAGCAUGCAGACGUG